CGUGGACUCAGUACCAGCCACCUCCUGCAUGAGCGAACGCGAAGCUGACACCAUGCACGAAUGCAUGAAAAUUGUUGUCCAGAUGACCUAACCCGAGAGUGAAGCGGCUGAGCGCGCAGUCGGAGCGCGGAAACUCUAGCCCUGAAAGAGUUAAACGGUUUUCCCAUGUAUGGAGCGGCUGGCUGGAGGUUAGUUAGGCUGUUGCGGUGCAGAGCUCGUGGACGCGGCGGCGGCGUGAAGCAGCGCAACAAACACGGAGAACUUCACAGCAAAGCUGCUACUACUACACCACAACCCAGCCAUGUCGGAGCGAAGGAGUAUCUCAGGAUUUGACAGCGCUCAGUGUUACUACAACUGAGUGUGUGUGUGUGUGUGUGUGUGUGUGUGGUUGUGUGUGAGCGAGGGAGAGGGCUUUUCUGCCUUUGUGGAUAUUGCCUUCAUGGACGGGCAACGGGGCUUUUAUGAGAUGGAGAACCCGACAGAGAACCCCAGCAAGGCGACGGAGUAUCUGAAGGAGCUAAACAAGAUCAUCGAGACUCAGCAGGGGCUGCUGGAGAAGCAGAGGGUCCGGAUUGAGGAGCUGGAGCUCCAGGUAACGGAUCUUUGCAAGGAAAACGCCUGUCUGAAAGAUCAGCACCAGCGGCACCUGGCCACCUGCAGACUCCAGCAGGGGAACCACUCCUCCCUGGGAGCCAUCAAGGAGAAUGUCAUGCAGGAAAAGCGACACGCCUCAUUGCCUGUAGAAGUCUCAGAGAUCCCUCUAACCCUAAUUGCCCCUCCAUGUAGAAGAAGUUACCCCUGUCGCAAAUGGAAGUCUGCGUCUUUUGGUGUGGAAGGUGAUGCUCCAGGCAGCGAGGUGGGCGCCUCUGUGGACCCCAGCGGUGGCUACAGUUGCGUCCCAGUGACCCACAGUGGCGGGCUCGGCCCCGACCACCUGGACAGCCAGCUCUACGGACACAUCCUGCUGCCGGGCCACCUGCGGCCCCGCCGACCCAAGCUCCAGCACUCCCAGUCCAUCCUCCGCAAGCAGGCAGAGGAAGAGGCAAUCAAGCGCUCCCGCUCGCUGUCAGAGAGCUAUGAGCUCUCAUCAGACCUCCAGGACAAGCAGGUGGAGAUGCUAGAGCGUAAAUAUGGUGGGCGUUUCAUAACCCGGCAUGCAGCCCGCACCAUCCAGACAGCCUUCCGCCAGUAUCAGAUGAACAAGAACUUUGAGCGUCUUAGAAGCUCUAUGUCUGAGAACCGUAUGUCCAGACGGAUUGUCCUAUCCAAUAUGAGAAUGCAGUUUUCCUUUGAAGGGCCUGAAAAAGUCCACAGCUCCUACUUCGAGGGAAAGCAGGUCUCACUAACAGACGACGGCACCAAAAUCGGCGCGCUGGUGCAGUCCGAACAUGGUGGGGAGAUGGGUGUGCAGGCCAAGACCCCCACGACGCAGAGCGACUUCACAGACGCUAUCACAGAACUAGAAGACGCCUUCUCCAGGCAGGUCAAAUCUCUAGCUGAGUCAAUAGAUGACGCUCUGAACUGCCGCAGUCUGCACGGUGACGACGGCCACUCGGACACAGGGAGAGGCCACCAGGACAUGGACAGGGAGGUCAGCUGCCAGGUGAAACCCUCCCACAGCGCCUCAGAACACCGCAAACUGGAUGAGAUGACGGCAUCUUACAGUGAUGUCACUCUUUACAUUGAUGAAGAGGAACUGUCACCACCCCUGCCCUUGUCUCAGUCUGUAGACAGGCCCUCCAGCACAGAAUCGGACUUGCGUCAGCGCUCCCUCAACUCCUCCCAGGACUAUUGGUCUCUGGCUCACAAGGAUGAGAAAGGAGACACGGACACCAGCUGUCGCAGCACACCUUCUCUGGAAUGCCAAGAGCAACGUUUGCGGGUAGACCACCUACCCUUGCUGACCAUUGAGCCUCCCAGCGACAGCUCAGUGGAGCUGAGCGACCGCUCUGACCGCAGCUCUCUGAAGAGACAGAACGCCUACGAACGGAGCCUCAGCAACCAGCAGAGCAGCCCCAAACACAUCAGCCACGGUUUGCCACCCCGCGGGCCUUCCAGAGAGGACGACGCUCCCCGUCAUCGGCCACGGCAACUGGAGGCCCACCUGGCCAUCAACGGCACAGCAAACCGGCAAAGCAAGUCGGAGUCGGACUUCUCCGACGGCGACAACGACAGCAUCAACAGCACAUCCAACUCCAACGACACCAUCAACUGCAGCUCCGAGUCCUCGUCCAGAGACAGUCUGAGGGAGCAGACGCUCAGCAAGCAGACGUACCACAAAGAGACUCGCAACAGCUGGGACUCGCCUGCUUUCAGCAAUGACAUCAUCCGCAAGAGACACUACCGCAUCGGCCUGAACCUCUUUAACAAGAAACCAGAAAAAGGCAUCCAGUAUCUGAUCGAGCGCAACUUUGUUCCAGACACUCCAGUGGGUGUGGCCCACUUCCUGCUUCAGAGGAAGGGCUUGAGUAGGCAGAUGAUUGGCGAGUUCCUGGGUAACAGACAGAAACAGUUCAACCGGGAUGUCCUCGACUGUGUGGUGGAUGAAAUGGACUUCUCCAGUAUGGAGCUGGACGAAGCGCUCAGGAAAUUCCAGGCUCACAUCAGAGUCCAGGGAGAAGCGCAGAAGGUUGAGCGGCUGAUCGAGGCCUACAGCCAACGCUACUGCAUCUGCAACCCCGGUGUGGUGCGGCAGUUCAGGAACCCUGACACCAUCUUCAUCCUGGCCUUUGCCAUCAUCCUCCUCAACACAGACAUGUACAGCCCCAACGUCAAGCCUGAGAGGAAGAUGAAGCUGGAGGACUUUGUGAAGAACCUUCGAGGAGUGGAUGAUGGGGAGGACAUCCCCCGGGAGAUGCUGGUAGGGAUAUAUGAGCGGAUUCGCAAGCGGGAGCUCAAGACUAAUGAAGACCAUGUGUCCCAGGUUCAGAAAGUGGAAAAACUCAUUGUUGGAAAGAAGCCGAUCGGCUCUUUACACCACGGUCUGGGCUGUGUUCUAUCGCUGCCCCACCGGAGGCUGGUGUGUUACUGCAGACUUUUUGAAGUGCCCGACCCCAACAAACCACAAAAGCUGGGCCUGCACCAAAGGGAGAUCUUCCUCUUUAAUGACCUGCUUGUGGUUACCAAAAUUUUCCAGAAGAAGAAGAACUCAGUGACGUACAGCUUUCGGCAGUCCUUCUCACUUUAUGGCAUGCAAGUGCUGCUCUUUGAAAAUCAGUAUUAUCCCAACGGAGUCCGUCUGACCUCGGCCAUUCCAGGAGCUGACAUCAAAGUCCUCAUCAACUUUAAUGCACCCAACCCUCAGGACCGCAAAAAGUUCACAGAUGAUCUGCGAGAAUCAAUCGCUGAAGUCCAAGAGAUGGAGAAGUAUCGGAUAGAGUCGGAGCUUGAAAAACAGAAGGGGGUGGUGAGGCCCAGCAUGUCCCAGAGUUCUGGGUUAAAGAAGGACACGGGAAACGGCAACCUGAGCCGAGCGAGCCUUGACGACAGCUACGCCAUUGGUGAAGGUUUGAAGAGGAGCGCCCUGAGCAGCUCCCUACGUGACCUCUCAGAUGCAGGCAAGCGUGGGAGACGCAGCAGUGCAGGAUCACUAGACAGCAAUAUGGAAGGGUCCAUCAUUAGCAGUCCUCACAUGCGGCGGAGAACCCCCUCCAGCCGAGACUGCCCGUCCCGCCACAGCGGCCAGUCCCUGCCCAACUCCUCCUCUCUGCUCGGAUCUUUGUUUGGCACCAGGCGUGUGAAGUCCCCCAGCCCCACCCCUCAGGCCCUGCACCCCACCCUCAUCUCCCACACCCCGCACCCCGCCAAUCUGCACCACACGGCCCGGGUCGAGACGGACACGCCGGGCCCCAUGCACCCACACCACGCCCAGUUCUGCCACAUGACCCAGAACCCCCCGCCUUACCACCACCACCACCACUACCACCCGCCGGCCCACUUGCAGCACCCUCCACACCAAUUCCACCCGGCCUCAUCUCACGGCCAGCAGCCGCCCUACCCACCUCACACGCAGCACGGCCACGGGAGCCACUCCUCCCACCCUCCUCAUGGCUCACACCACCAUGGCCCACCACCACCACCCUCCCAGGCCUCCAGCAGCACCAAGCCCAAGCACAGUGGCAUCAGUACGGUGGUGUGAGGCGGCACAGGGGCCCUUCUGGGCUCUCCUACUGAACUUUGAUUUUGUUCCUCCGAGGCUCUCGGCUGAUGAGACGGUCACACUGUGCAUCACCGGUCUGGGGAUGUGAAGCCAGACGAGAUCCUGUGUCUCCUUCAGCAUUUUUUGUUAUGCUCGUCACGGGGGGCAGUCUAUUCAACCCAAACACAUUUAUUUUCCUGUUGCUCCUUUCAUUUUCGUUUCAGGUCAUAAAUCAUGUCUGACUGCUUCAUGAGCAGCAGACGACAACGCGAGAGCAUGCACAAAGACCACAACUACUGUUCCUCCUCAGUAAAGUAAAGAACAUGAUCAAAUAUCUCACUUACUAGUAUUUUACAGAAGAAGUAAACAGUAAUCUAAACUUCAAUGUCUACAAAGUGAUUUAAUCUAGUGUGAGAGUGUUUUGGCUGAACAGAGACGGACGGACAGACAGACAGACAGACAGACAGGUGGUCUGCCUCAGCAGUAGCUGUAGGAGUAUUUAAUGUAGCAGUAGCUCACAGUGCACUGUGAUAUCUCUGUUAGCAGUGAUAAAUGUGCCAAUUAUUGAAGCAUUUACUAAUUUAGUCACAAAAAUCGCUUUAUGUAUAUUGUGCAUAGUAUUUUGUAAAAUAAUAAUAUCAGCUGUUAUUAUAAUUAUUAUUAUUACAGAACAAUUAAACAUCAAUUAAAACUCUCAGUAUUAUACUCGCACAUAGGUGGCGUAGUUUCACUGUUAAGAAACCAAUCAAAGCUUUUAUUAGUUAGGUAAUUCAGUAAGCUGGAACACUACUGUAAAUGGUUGCCUUUGAGUUAGAACUCUGUUAAGAUUGACGAGGGCUGGUGCACAAGCAGCGUGCACACAGUCUCAUCCACUGCACUUCAUCGGUUCAGACUCAUCUCUCUCGCUCUGGAGAAAGGAAGCCACAGCGAGCUGCUGAGCAGACAGAUUCAUCUGAAUGUCCACCCUUCAAGAGUGGCUGCUUGUCCACAGUCUUUUUUUUUUUUAACUAUUUUUUUAGAGUCCAAUAAACACUAAGAAAUGCCCUAUAUGUUCUACUGCACCCUGGUGGGAUUCCUUCAGUCUGUUUUGCAGGAAGAGGAGGAGGAGGAGGAGGUGGUUCACAAUGUUUUUCAUAGGAACUGAAGGAGUCUGUGCAAACUGUGUAGCAGGGAAACAGCAACAUGACUGUCCAAGUGUCUCUCCUGAUACGGAAGCUCUCAGCUGGCUGAGUGUGCCCUGUUCCCUCCAUAGUUUCGUUGUGUGUCUGUCGAGCAGCGAGUGCGUCGAGCAGCGCUGUUCACUCCCUCCAUCGGACAUUUUCUCGGAGCCACACAGAUGCCACAGUACAGAAAUCAAUAAUUAUCACUAUGUGAUGGUGAUAGCAUUCUUACGCUUCACUCACCACAAAUGGCAGUUUUAUAUCAAUCGUUGUUCUGACAUAUUAUGGGAUGUGCUGGUUGUACCUUCCGGCCAUCCUGAGCACAGUAUCUGUUGUGUGUGUGUGUGUGUGUGUGUGUGUGCAGAGCGGAGGCAGAGGGCUGGUGUGCCGGAGCACAUGUUCUGUUGGAAGUGAUAGACACAGCACUUGUUUUACUUAGUUGAUAUCAAAGGCAGAAGUUAGUCUGCAUCUGCUUAAAGACUGAGAUGGAAUUUUUAACUUGUGCAAUAUGUAUUUACUUUUUUGUCUAAGAGCAAUUGCAAAUUAGUGGUUGUUCCAUUUUGUUUAGUUCUGUUGAGUUUGUCUUUUUUUUUCCCUCCAGAGUCCUUUGUCAUUUCUUCCUCAAUGUAUCACUGAAGUGCAAGUAUCCACAUUGAUUUCGACUGGACUUUCCAUACCGAUAGAAUGUCAGAGAAGAAGAAUGUCAAAGAAAAUAGUUGCAUGUAACAAUGUAUUUUCAGGCUAUUUUAUAACCAUUGUGUAUUCCCAAACUAUAUCAGAGUUACAGUCCACAGUUGUUCAAAAUGAAUGGUAGAAUAUUUUUGACUUCUUCAAUUACAUCUAACUGAAGUCCGCUAUGUAUCUGUGUCACUCUAGACGAUAACCAAAUCUGUAUCUUCUCCUGAUCCACAUACCGUAGUUUAAUGGAUCUUGGUGAACAGCAGCAGUUAAAGCUGCCACAUCUGUAUCACAGCUGUAAGAGGCCAACAAAAAAAAAAAGUUUUUUACAGCUGGCAUGAGGAAGUAUAUACUCUUGUCAUUUGGAAAUCAAAGUGCUAAUUGACAGACAGCUUUGAGUAUAAUGAAUGACUUCAUAUUUAUCAUCUGUCUCUGUCAAUGGCUCACACAUUACUGUUGUUAAGUGAUAUUCAGUAGAUCAGUAUUCUUAAAUAGAAAUACUUCUUUCCUCAAGGUUCAAGUUUUCAAGGCACCACCUUCUAAUAAUGCCUCCUUUAUAAUGGGUAAUCUAAUACUCUCUACUAAUCUAAUGAAUCAAUUAAGUUAAUUAACUGUCAACUUUAUGAAUGGUUAAUAAAUCCUGAUGCUUUAUACGUCCAUAAGAAGCCAUUGACAAGAACAUAUGGGUUACCAAGUUCUGAAAACGUCCCCUAGCCUGGAGUUUAUCCUCCAGCAAAUGUUAUUAAAUCAUCUACAGUUAUAAAUGUUUUAGUUUCCAAUAAUCCAUCCAGUCUGCAGUUGUAAAUGUUAAUAAGAUAUUGUUAUAUAGAUCUUAGAUCAAGAAGUUAAAGGGAACCCUGUGGAGUGUUUGACCUCUAGUAGCACUGUGGAGCAACGUUCACACCAGUGGCUCCCUGUUUUGUUCCUAUUGUGCACGCACACAAGAAAACACAUACGUGCUCUCGAGCACACGGAGGAUGUAAUUCACAUUCCCGUUUUCCCAGUCGCACACCGGUCCGCUGAUCGACAGUUGGCAGAAGGAGCAUAGCAAAGCGCGGGCAAAGGCAGCGAAGAAGACGAAGAAGCAAACAUGAAUGUAAACGUUGCACAAUGUAAAAUAUGCCACAAAAUCAGCUUUGUAAAUAUUUGAUGAGGAAGAGAAUGCACACAAGCACACACAAUUACUGAAUGUAAAGGUAAGAUGGGGCAGCUUUAAGUGGUCAGUCUUCAUGAUGAACUGAAGAGCUAAACUAACUAAAAAACAUCAAGCACAUGUCAUGCUGGCCCGGGUUUCCCUCAAGUCCCACAGUAAAUAUAUUUACUGACAUCAGCUGUUGCUUAGGCCGUCCUCCACUAACUAAAUUAAACAGAGACACUUUGAGAUCUUUGUGGAAAACCUUGCUGGAGGAGGAUAAACACUUGCAAAAGAGAUUUUUCACAACCUGGCAAUGCAGAUGUACUUAUCAAUGGCUUAUUACUAAUCUACAAAGCAUCAGUAUUUAAUUGCCAUUAAUGAAACCACCUGUAAAUUGUUUAUGAAUGGUGUCUAAUUAGAAAGUGGAACCAUUUUCAAAAUAUCUCAUGAUCCAAAAUGUUUUUUGCAGUACUUUAUGUGCUGUAGGUUACUCUACAGUUUAAUAUUUGACUCUUUAUCUGUCAAAUAUGCUGCUUGUACAUGAUUUUAAUUCAGUGUAGUUUACGACCUACGGAGUCAGGAAAGUGCCAAUAUUGCUUGGUCAUUAAAUUUUAAAAUCAGUUUUAUACUAAAUAAAUUGGGGACCAAAUUCAACCGACCCACCACAACCCCACGUUUGACCAAUCAGAAAUUCUGUCAUCAGACCAGCAGCUGAUUACUAACUAGUCAUCAUGGAACAACGGUGCGGACACUAGCUGAGAAGAAGCGUAGCUUUUAUUUAAUAUCGAUAGUUCGAUAAAAAAUGUCUAAUCAAAGUGUUUUCAGUCACACCCCUCUUCCUUCAGAAGACUGAUCUAUUGUCAGACCUGCCCAGAUUCUGUGUGAGGUGCUUUGUCGCAUGCCAUUGAUGCCUACCGUCUCUUUUCCUUUUCUUUUCUUUUCUCUUUUUCCUUUCUGUAACUGUCGUUCUGUUGAGCAGCAGGCUUGACCUGAACCUAAACUUUCAGUGUAGUUUUGAUUUCUCUGACUGAUGCUUGUUUACAUUUAGAUGAUUUCUGGCCUGCUUGUGUGUGUCUUCAUUUAAAGUUGUGUCAUUCUACUCCGGCAUGCAUUUCACCUCUAUUUUCACUGUACAAUAUAAAGACAUUGCAGUAUACUGCUGAGUGUAAAUAGCAAAUCCAUCUUGGGAAAUCUAAUGUUACUUGAUGAAGUAAAGAGGGUUUGAAAGGGAGGAAACGUUUUAAGGGUGGGUGGGAAGUAAAGAAUGAGAAAACAUAUGUAAAUACUCUGUAAAUUAUUAUUAUUAUUAUUACUACUACUACUACUACUACUCAGUGUCUGCAGUUACAUUGAAGGUGCAUUCCUGCUCCCCUCUGAUAUUUACAUAAUCAUCAAACUGCUUCUCUCUGCCUCCGUCAGGACUGAAUUAUCAUAGGAUCUAGAGAUGAACAGCCAACUGUUACACAGUUAACACCGCUUCUGACUUAUGUCCUGGGACACUCCUGUUCUCUCACACUCACAGCCCACUUUUGAAGUCAAAGGGAAGGGAGGAGUGCUCUUAUUUUAUUAUGCAUUCUGUUUCUAAGUAGACAAAACCCUAUUGAUGUAAAACUAGUACUGUGACAAUGUUGAGAACGCAAAAUAAAGCGAUAUACUGUAAAAUCUGA